AUGGCAGCGACGUCGGAAGUGACGUCCUGCGGGCCCGGAAGACCACCACCUCCGCCGGAUAACCCGCCGGAUCGGAGGGCAUCGGCUCGGCCCCGAUGGACACAACCGGGCAUCGUUUGGCUGGCGCUCAUCGUGCUAACGCUCACGGUCGCCCAGCUGGGCCCGGUGCACGGAGAGAAAACGAAGACAUAUUACAUGGAAUCGAUCUGUAAAAAUCAUUUUCUACAGUUACUUUAUAGAAAAAUAGAUGGUGCUACUCUCCUGUCGAGGAACGAGAGAAAUCUUAACUGUGUGGUCACGUUUCAAACGCACUCCAUACUGCAGAGAUUUAUGUUACGUUUCGAUAUGCUACAACUAGACUGUAAUGAUCAUUUGUAUGUAUAUGAUGGUGCACACGCUGUCGGUAUGCAUAAGGCGGACCUGACCUGCAAAGACACAAAACAAUCAGUGGGAGCGUUGUUCACGAAGACGAACUUUCUCACCUUCAAGUACGUGACCGACAACUGGGGCACGGAAACAAACGGUUUCAAGAUGGUCAUCACAUCCGUCAAAGAUUCAAAGCUGAACUGUGCGGACUUUCGGUGUACAUUGCACGACUUCUGCAUACACCCGGACCUGGUGUGCGACGGUGUCAAUCACUGUGCGGACGGGUCGGACGAAACCGUCGGUUCCCUCUGCCCCGGCCCGGAUCGGUACAUCAACACGAUCUUCGGCAUCGACCUGACGUGGGUCAUACUGAUCGGCGUCAGCAGUCUGGUCGUUUGUGGGUGCAUCAUCGGCAUUACGAUCUGCAUAUACGUGCGCAACGCACGCAACACACCCAAUCAGCUACACUCUUCGAUUCAAUUGAACCAGAUGAUCGAAUCAAACGGUUCAUCGAAGCAUCUACAAGGAACUCUGCCGCGGGAAACAACAACGCUACCUGCUUCGGGAAACUUGCAUCACCCUGCGGGACCAUUAGGGUACCUCCGCAUUCCACACAAAUUGAUGGCCAAAGUCCGUCCCAUUUGGUGCCUGGCAAAUUAAGACAAUUAGGUCCGGAUUUAUCGCAGCAAACCUCACAGAAGGACGAGUGGUUUGUCUGAUGAGCGAAUGAGAUCGAAUGACAGAGCAUGAGUGCAAGAGAGACGGAAUGGAGAUAGAAAGAGAGAGAGAGAGAAAGAGAUGGAGUGAAUAUGAGAAGAAAGCGUAAAAUUCCUGGAACGAACGAGCGUACGAAUGUGACAGAAAACGACAGUGAGGAAGAGAGAGCAAGAGAGAGGUUUAAAAAAGGAGCAAAUUUUUGAAAAUCCAAACGCAUCGUCAGACGUUAGCGAGACGGAUGGGGGUGGACUCGACCGACACAAGAUCACGAGCACGGAAAACAUCGCACAUCACUUUCAUCGUUCCAACGCCAACGAACAUCCUCCGGACAUGCUGGACAUGAAAGUGUUGCCUGGUAAGGAGCUCCGGUAGCACUCAUUCGGAUCGGUAGCGGCUGAGCGUGGCAAACAGAAGCGUGAAGACUAAUGAAACAAAAGGAAAACAAAACCACACAAAUGAUGAAGAGUAACUGUUAUGAAUCGAACAUCGAAAAACUAUGCAACAACCGAGACCCUAUAUGACUAGACGUGAAAGAGAUCUCAACACCAACUGUCAAAGAAAAAGGAGACACUAGCAAACGCUACUCAACACGUCAGUAUGCAUGAAAAACGGCACUACUCUCCGUGCUACUAUUCCUGAGGAUUUCGACCGUUUUGUCACAAUCUCUAUUCGCGGCUCAACAGCGAAGGAUACUAACUGUCACGCAUGUCACGCUGGCCUUUGAAGCAACCUGUCACUACUAAGGUGUACUAAGGAUAACGAACGGAGAGAGUGAAUACGGAAACGACACAAACCGGAAAUGGAAGAAGUAAUGGUCAGUCUGGGGUCUUGUUGCGCAUAUGUGACUCGCUCGACAAACACACACACACACAACACACACUGAAAAACUACACGCCUACUUUCACCAUCGACGACAUCAACCACCAUAAAGCAAAAGUAAAGAAUAUAGCCUCACUGCAAAUGGAAAAGAAAAGCAACAGGAAGUCCAAUCACUUUCGCCACGAGCAGAGCAGCAAACCACCACCACCACCACCACUACCACCCCCACCAAGAAGAACUGCAGAACACGGGAAUGCAGCAUCCGCUACUACAAACAACAAAUAACAGCAUAAUUACCAGCAAAUCCACCACCACACGACUGAAUUCGAAAAUCGACGCAAAACAUCUCUUAACAGAACAUCAUUCAUUCAAAGAACGACGCAAAACUAAAAAUCACGCAAAUUGGAGAAUAAUUUUUUCGGCACUAUAUGAAGACUGUCUGGUUGGUCAUCAAAAACCGCGCAGGGUGUAUAUUGAAAAAGGGAGUAAACAGUGUACCCAAAACUAACAAAGUAAGACGGAGUUAAACUUAAAAAAAACGUUGAACAACACGAGCAACAACAACUGCAAACAUCACGAACACUAGCAAUUAAAGAAAACAAUUAUACUAUGUAAUGAAUACGGUAAAUAUAAAAUAAAAAAGUUAGAAAAAAAACUAACAACAAAAGUUAAAUAUAGAAGAAAGAUCGGUAGAACAGAGAAAGAGGAUGGCUACGAUAAAGAAGAAAUAAGAAAAAAACUAGAGAAUAUUAUAGGGAAGAUCGGAUGAAGGAAAUCUACAGUAAAAAAAAAAAACAUUCGGAUGAACGAACAUCGCGAUCGACGAAAACACUAAUCCAACUUUUAAUGUUUAUCGUGUACAGCUCUGCA